GAUAGAUGAUGCUAGUUGGGAAAAUCCGAAAAUGCACAGUCCAUCAUGGCCCGUUUCCCUCACUUCGGCAGCCGUGGGCGGCCUGCUACUUAAGGGGGCCGGACUAAAUUUUGAAUUCAAUUACUUAUAAUUUCUAUUAUUGUUUUGGCUCCAAAAGAUGAUAAAUGACCCAUUACCUUUCUAGAUCAUUGAAAAUUGAAUCGAGGGACUAGUAGUGAGUAGUGACAGAGUGCGAAAGAAUUCGGCGAUGGCCGAGUCGACUCAGCUCCAGCUUCAACUUGAGCAAGUCGCGACGAUUCUUGGCCCCGACCCCCUCGCCUCUUUCAAAACCCUAAUCUCCUACCUCCUCUCCCCCUCCUAUUUUGAAAGCCUAAUCUCCUCCUCCCUCUUCUCCUCCAAUUCCGAGCAGCGAUCCCGGGCCGAGGUCGUCUAUAACCUCUGCAAAAAGUACGAUCCCGACUCGCUCUCCCUCACACUCGCUCACCUCCUCCAAUUCUCGCCGGCGCCGGACUCCCGAUUUAUCUCCGCCGUCCUCCUCCGCAAUCAAAUCCGCCUCUGGCCAAGCCUCUCGGAGAACACAAAAUCCACGAUCAAAUCCGCUCUAUUGUUCUCCAUUCAACGACAGGACAACACGAAAUUGAUUUCAGGCAACCUCUGCGACGCCGUUUCUGCGCUCGCCGCCGGGAUCUUGCCGGAAAACGGCUGGCCGGAGCUCUUGCCCUUUCUGUUCGCAUCCGUUUCCGCGGAUUCGUUGCCACCGAUACUUCAGGAAUCGGCAGCGUUCUUGAUAUUCGCGCAGCUCUCGCCGCACUUAUUGCCGUAUAUAAACGAAUUGCGCGCGGUCUUCUUGUCCUGCUUGAGCUCCUCGUCCAGGUCAAACGACGUUAAAGUAGCUGCGUUUAAUGCGGUGGUCAAUUUCAUUCGGUGUUUGCCCAGCUCUGAAGAUCCGGAUAUGUUUCACGACGUCUUGAUAGAAAUGAUGAGAACCGUGAUGGGGGAAUUGAACAAAAAGAACGAGGCCACGGCGCAGGAGGCGAUCAAGUUGUUCAUUGAAUUGGCCGGGACCCAUCCGACAUUGCUCAGCCGCAGGGGGCAGAUCGUCCGAGCUAUGCUGCAGAUUGCUGAAGCCAUAGAAGUGUUGGAACAAGGCACGAGGCACUUGGCCAUAGAGUUUGUGAUCACUUUGGCCGAGGCAGGAGAGCAGGCGCCAUGGAUAAUGAGGAAUUCAGUGCAGUUUGUUGGUCUGUUGUUUUCCAUUUUGAUGAGGAUGGUUUCGGAUGUUGAGGAUGAUCCCCUGUGGCAUAAGGCUGAGACUGAUGAUGAGUAUGCGGGUGUAAGUGCUGAUUACCGUGUUGGGAAUGAGUGUUUGCAUAGGCUUGCCAUUGCGUUGGGCGGCAAUGACAUUGUUCCUGUUGCGUUGAAGGAGUUACAUGCCUGUUUUGCUUCCAAUGAGUGGAAGAAGCACAAUGCUGCACUGGUUGCCCUUGCUCAAAUUUCUGAGGGUUGUUCAAAGGUAAUGAUAAAAGAUUUGGAGCAAGUGGUGGCAAUGGUUUUGAACUCCUUUGAACAUUCACAUAUUCGGGUAAGGUGGUCAGCGAUUAAUGCAGUUGGCCAGUUGUCUACUUAUUUGGCCCCAGACCUGCAAGUUCAAUAUCAUCAACAGGUGUUUUCUGCACUGAAUGCCACUAUAUGUGGUUUGCAGAAUCGUCGUCUGCUGGCACAUGCUGCUUCAGCACUGCGAAAAUUCAUUGAGAAAUGUGCUAGGGAUAUCUUGCCACCUUAUUUGGAUGAAGUGGUUUCCCAAUUGGUUGUACUUUUGUAGAGUGAGAUACAAAUGGUGCAUGUAGAAGCAUUGACUGCUUUGGCAUCAGUUGUUGUUUCAUUUCCGGUAUUUUUCUCUAUAAUGUGUUCUUCUAGUUCAAUUUUUGUGUUCUGGAUGAUUCAAUUGGAUGGUAAUGGGAUCUGUAGGACCAAUUCCAAAAAUACUAUGAAGAUGUCAUGAUUCCCCUGAGAGUUAUAUUGUUGGAUGCCACUAAUAACCCGGUUUGGUCAAAUGAAGGCUCGUGCUGAAGGUGGCAAAUGAUGCAUAUGGGUUUAGAGCAUCACCAUUGAAAAAUGACGGUAGCAUUGAAAAAUGACGGUAGCAUUAUAACAUUGACAAUAGCUUUAUAUAACUAUUGUAAUAGAUUUUCACAACUAUGAUAGUGGCUCUUUAUAUAGUUAUAUUAUUGUUGAACCCUGCAUACGUUUUGUAACAUUGAAUAUGUUUUUUUUUCUCGA